GUGCAAUCCAAAGAUCAGACACGCUUCAAGAAGACUGCCACCACAUUCGCCGUCUUCCUACGUCCUGCAAUUUGUAUCCAUGCGUGGCCAAGCACCCGUGGUGAUGGCACUCGCGCAGUACGUCAUUGUCGUGGUCUCUGCCGGCGCGUCGCUCUACGGAAGCUGUCCCUGGAACGCGUCGCAGCCGUGCGUCAUCUCGGGCAACGAGAAUAGCACGGUGCUCUUGACGGUCAACGAGAACACGCUUCUUGCGCGCAGCUUGCUCAUCUCAGACGUCAUGUCGCUGCCGCCGACUGCCACCAACGUCGAUCUUUCAGUCAACCACAUUGCCGACAUGAGUGCGCUACGUGCACCCGCGUUGACCGCCUUGAACGUGAGCAGCAACAAGCUCGGGUCCCUCGCGACGCUGCGGCAGCUCGUGGGGCUGCGCUCCAUGGACCUCAGCGCGAACCUCGUGAGCUCGCUCGCCUUUGUCACGAGCUUUAACAACCUCACCCUUCUAUCGCUGCGCAACAACCUCAUCACAUCGAUCAACAACCCGACCUUUCCCGCCUCCCUCGUCUCUUUGGACCUCUCGGGCAACCCGAUCUCUAUCUUUGAUGUCACUCUGGACACGUACACGCAGCUGAGCGCGAUGCCGCACCUCGUGCUCGGGGCUAACAUCCCGCUGAACAAGAUGUGCUUUGGUGUGACCAAGCUCCUCCAGAAUCGGACGACGGUGUGCAUCACCGACGCGCUCCCUCCUGACAAUGAGUCGAGCGGUGUCCCACCCGGCUCGCUCUACAGCAAAAUCAUUCUCAUUUUCGGCGGCUUUGCCUUCCUCGCCGUGCUCUACAUGUACCUUCUCAAGCACCUCUUCAACCGACCGAGCAUGCGCGACAGCAUCGUCACGUGCGCGAGCUCUGCCUACUCGAUGAUGGAAGACCUCCCGACCGAGUACUGCCCGCCGCUCGCGGGCGAUGCCACGUUCACGUGUCCGCUCCGCGCGCCUGAAAUCGCGCGCUUCAAGCUCGAGCGCGCACACGUCAAGAAGCUUCGACUCCAAGCCACGAUCGACGGCCAAGUGCUCUACCUGGGGGCGCACGUCCAGACCAAAGUGUGCAUCAAAGUGGCUGCGGACACGGCCGCCGUCACUGCCACCGUCCACGAGGUUGUUCUUCUCUCGGCCAUCGACCACCCACACAUUGUGCGUCUCGUGGGGUUCGUCGCGUCGCCGCGGCUCGUCGAAAUGACCAUCGUCCUUGAGUACACGCAGCUCGGGUCGCUCGAGAGAGUGCUCAAGCGCACGUCGCCGCUCGAGCCGCUCGUCACCUUACGCAUCGUCCAGGACGUGGCCAUCGCCGUCGCGUACCUCCACCAACUCGACCCACCGAUUGUCCACAACGCCCUCACGCCAAACCACAUUUUGCUGGCGGCCAACUGGGACGUCAAGCUCUCCGGGUUCGCCUUUGGCCACCGCGCCGGCGCAUCGCCCGUGCUGCAGAGUGUGCAUGAAGAUGCGGCGCCUGAAGUCCAUGCGGGCGCGCCGGCGACGCCCGCGUCCGACGUCUACCAACUCGGCCGCCUCAUGAACCGUCUCGGGCUUGACGCGCCGGCGUUGCUUGCGUCCUGCACCGCGUCCGACCCGACGCACCGCAUCGACGCCAGCGCCGUCGCGUCGUGGCUACAGGAGCUGCUAACGACGUCGGAGACUAUCGUCGCUGCCGUCGAGUAG